AUGCGCACGACGUCAGCUGUGACGCCACCAAUCGUACGGUUCGGUCCAGGCAGGAGUUCAGCGGUGGUUUGAAGCACAGCGCCCGCCACGGGGUUAUCAACGUUAAAGGGCCGCCCCAACGGGGGAAAGAACCGGACAUCAAAGGUGGAGGAAUUGCGACUGGGUAUCUCAGACGGAAUAUCACAUCCGAUCUACACCCCACUCAGCUCCCCAGCACCUGAAUAUCAUCGGCCUGUGAGCGUGGAGGGAGAGACGCUGGUUUGUUUCUCUUCAGACCCCAGGCAGUGAGGGCUGUUGCAGGGCACCGACCGUGACACAGCUGGGGAAAGACACACUGUCUACAGCGGAGAGGGGAGAAACCACUGAUGUGAGGUCAGGAGCCAAUCUGCAGAGAAGCCGAGUAACCUCUUCCAGCCUGUGAAGGAGCGGGCAGUGAUCACUCCAGUGCGGAUUGGGAAAGGAACAGCCACUGCAACGAGAGACCGUGUGUGACACGCUGGGGGAGGUGAGCUCACCUGAUCUGUGACUGGGAACGUGUUCACCACAUCCUUGUUUUUGCACCAGUGAAACAUUCAUUCUUUUGACUGAGAUAAACUUGAUCCAUUUCCCUGAGAAUAUUCAAAUCUUCUUUCCCUUGUUUCCAUUUGAGGAAAGUAAUUAAUUCGGUCAUCUUUUUACUGACUGACCACUGAGGUCCCGGGGAAACAUUGACACCCUGCCUCAGGUGCAUGAAGAGUCACUCAGAGGCACCAGCAAAUUCACACCAGGGAAAAGCUGCUCUGCAUGCAGGAAAGGGUACACUUGCCCCAUCCCACUUGGUGAUACCAGUCCACGCUAGAGAGCAGCCUUUCAUCUGCUGUUAGUGGGACAAGGGGUUCGCUCAGUCGUCCAGCCUACUAAUACAACCAGCAGGUUAACAGCAGGGAGAGACUGUUGACUUAUCCAAGUGCGGGAAGGGAUUCACUACUGAUAGACUAGCAAAUUCACACUCGGAAGAGACUGUUCACCCGCUCUUGGAUGCGGGAAGGGAUUCACCCAGAAAUCCAGCCUAUUGUCUCACCAGCAGGUUCACACUGGGGAGAGGCCAUUCACCUGCUCCGAGUGCAGGAAGCAGCUCACUUGUUCAUACAACCUUCAGAUGCACCAACAAGUUCACACCAGGGAGAAACCCUUUACCUGCUCCGAGUGUGGGAAGGGGUUCUCUCAGUCUUCUGUCCUUCUGAGGCACCAACAAAUUCACACCGGGGAGAAGCCCUUCGCCUGCUCCGAGUGCGGGAAGGGUUUCACUCGAUCAUAUGACCUUCAGAUGCACCAACGAAUUCACACUGGGGAGAGGCCAUACAUCUGCUCCGAGUGCGGGAAGGGAUUCACUCAGUCAUCUGUCCUGGUAAGGCACCAGCAUACUCACACAGGGGAGAGGCCGUUCACCUGCUCUGAGUGUGGGAAGGGAUUCGCUCAGUCGUACAACCUACUGAUACACCAGCAAAUUCACACUGGGAAGAGACUGUUCACUUGCUCCGAGUGUGGGAAAGGAUUCACCCAGUCGUCUAACCUGCUGGCUCACCAGCUGGUUCACACCAGGGAGAGUUCCUUCAACUGCUCCGAGUGUGGGAAGAAAUUCACUUAUUUGUCCAAAUUGCUGGCUCAUCAGCGGGUGCACUCUGCAGAGAAGUCUUUCAACUGCUCCGAGUGCAGGAAGGGGUUUAUUCGGCCAUCUGAGCUCCUGAGGCACCAACUAAUUCACACCAGGGAGAGGCCAUUCACCUGCUCCGAGUGCGGGAAGGGGUUUACUCGGUCGUACAAUCUUAAGGCGCACCAACGAAUUCACACCGGGGAGAGGCCGCACAUCUGCUCCGAGUGCGGGAAGGGAUUCUCUCAGUCACAUGAGCUUCUGCUGCACCAACAAAUUCACACUGUGGAGAGGCCGUUCAUCUGCUCCGAGUGCGGGAAGGGAUUCACUCAGUCAUACAACCUACUGAUACACCAGCAAAUUCACACCGGGGAGAGGCCGUUCAUCUGCUCCGAGUGCGGGAAGGGAUUCACUCAGUCGUACAGUCUACUAAUACACCAGCAAAUUCACACUCGGAAAGGACUAUUCACCUGCUCCGAGUGUGGCAAGGGGUUCACCCAGUCAUCUAAACUGCUGGCUCACCAGCAAGUUCACAGCAAGGGGAGUUCUUUCAACUACUCUUAGUAUGGGGGGGGGGG